GGUCACAAAAAAUUCAAAUGCGGCAAAUAAUUCGAUAGACGCAAUAUUAAGAUUCGCCCUAAAGUGUCGUGUCAGUUCUUCCAAAUGAGAAGUAAAUAAAUUAAAAAUAUUCAGACAUGGAUGCACUUUAUCACACAACAAAUAAGACAAUCCACGAGAUACAGCAAUGCUUUCAGUCGCUUAAUAAUCCCGGAAUUGAUAGUAUAGCCGUAGAAAAUGAAAUCUUAACUAAAAUCACUGCUGUUAAUGCGAAUUGUGAUCGACUGGAUGUCUUGGUAUUUAAAGUUCCAGCUGCGACACGUUCAGGUGCUAAAAUGAAGGUUGAUCAGCUUAAAUAUGACGUGCGGCACUUACAAACUGCAUUAAGUUUAUAUCAGCAAAAGAGGCAACGACGUGAAGCGGAAGCAACUGAACGAGAGCAGUUAUUAACUAGAAGAUUUCAGCCAAAUGCUGAUACAACAAUUGAUUUAGAUUAUUCAUUACAACACAACACUCAAAUGCAUAAUGCACAUAAAGGAGUUGAUGAGAUGAUAUCAACUGGAAGUAACAUUAUGGAUAGUUUAAAGUUUCAACGUGAUAUGCUUAAAGGUGCACGAACUCGAAUGGUUACAAUUGGAAAUACUUUAGGAUUAUCAGAUCAUACAAUUAGGCUUAUUGAAAGGCGUUUAACUGAAGAUAAAUAUGUCAUGCUAGCGGGAAUGUUUGUGACUUUAUGUAUUAUUGGAUUGGUUAUUUAUCUAUGUCUAUAAUAAAAU